UCAUGAAAGUAAUGACGUCAGCAACCGGUGACGGCGCUUGAGCAAGGCGACACGGAGGUACAGCCUACAGAGCAAUCAUCACUGGGCGUGGCCCUCCGAGGGUGACGACAGACGAACGAGCUUUCUACGAAAGCGUUUUCAAACCCUGCGUUGCUUUCUCUUUUAUCUUACACGCAUUUGCCAGCAAUAUUUAAAUCCCUACUUUUCACCCCCCAUUUGGGAAAAGCUGGUUUCUCUUCGCUGGAAAUUUGCAGUGAUUGGUUUCUUAUAUGGGGAAUUUUUCAGUGAAUGGAUCCCUGCUUGGAAAUGCGUGAAACAGAAGGAAGCUUCCUAUGCGGCUGAAAAGUUCAACUUGCCGCGUUGGAUGAUCCGCCGACAUACAUUGUUUGUUCCGCCAAUCAUUCUUUUUUGACUGUUUUGUUGGGUUUAGAUCACCGAACUUGUGGAUUUGAGUUUAGUGGUUUUGUUUUUUGGGCUUUUGUUUCUGCAUGUUGGUAGACCUUAUAACCAUUAAGAAAUCCAAUUGGAAUUGUUGAAAAUUCCUGAAACUGAUUCUUCGUAUCUUAUUCUGUAUUUUCUUUGUGAUGCAAUUGAAAGGGGUUGUUUGUUUUAGUUGGAACACAGAAGACCUACCCCCAGUGCGAUAUCAUUCUGGUGUUCAAGAGAUUUAUGGAUGCUUUCGUGUGAAAUUGGUAUAAAAACGCUACGGCUUGGAUGAUAAUUACCGAUAAGAUUCCAGUGUAUUCUAGAUUGUUAGCUAAUAUCUCUCAGCAUUUUUCAUCUAAACGUUGGGCGUUUAGAGUGUCGUUUGGAACGAUGGUUGGAAGCACCGGAGAUAUGAACCAAAAUGUAUAUCCCAAUGGUUCUGUUAAAAAUGGAAAGGGGGGUUUGGAAGAGAAGGUCGAUGAGCUUCGUCGGCUUAUGUGCAAAGUGGAGGGUGAUCCCUUGAGAAUUGUAGGAGUUGGAGCUGGUGCUUGGGGUAGUGUAUUUACUGCUAUGUUGCAGGAGGCUUACGGGAGUUUAAGAGAAAAGGUUCACAUACGGAUAUGGAGAAGACCCGGGAGAACUGUUGACAGAGCCACAGCUGAGCAUUUGUUUGAGGUGAUUAAUUCAAGGGAGGAUGUCUUGAGGAGGCUAAUUAGGCGGUGUGCAUAUCUGAAAUAUGUUGAGGCAAGAUUAGGUGAUCGAACACUUCAUGCAGAUGAGAUUCUGAAAGAUGGGUUUUGUUUGAAUAUGAUUGAUACCCCUCUAUGUCCUCUGAAGGUUGUGACAAACUUGCAGGAGGCUGUGUGGGAUGCUGAUAUUGUGAUUAAUGGUUUACCAUCGACAGAAACCCGUGAGGUAUUUGAAGAAAUUAGUAAAUAUUGGAAAGAGAGGAUCUCAGCUCCGGUCAUCAUUUCCUUGGCAAAAGGUGUAGAGGCUGAAUUGGGUCUUGAGCCACGAAUCAUAACUCCCACUCUCAUGAUUAAUCGAGCAACUGGAGUUCCCAUGGAGAACAUUCUUUAUCUCGGAGGACCUAACAUUGCUUCAGAGAUUUACAAUAAGGAAUAUGCAAAUGCUCGGAUAUGUGGAGCAGAAAAAUGGCGGAAGCCAUUGGCAAAGUUUUUGAGGCAGCCCCACUUUGUUGUGUGGGAUAAUGGUGAUCUUGUUACUCAUGAAGUUAUGGGUGGACUGAAGAAUGUCUAUGCUAUUGGAGCUGGAAUGGUAGCUGCUUUAACAAAGGAAAGUGCCACCAGCAAAUCAGUGUACUUUGCUCACUGCACAUCAGAGAUGAUUUUUAUCACUCACCUACUAGCUGAAGAACCAGAGAGACUUGCAGGACCUCUGUUGGCCGAUACAUAUGUAACCUUGUUGAAAGGUCGUAAUGCUUGGUAUGGACAAAAGCUGGCCGAAGGGGAAUUGAGCCUUGAAAUGGGUGAUAGCAUCAAGGGCAAGGGGAUGAUUCAGGGAGUAUCUGCAGUUAAAGCAUUUUAUGAGCUACUUAGUCAGUCCAGCUUAAAUGUCCUAAAUCCUGAAGAAAAUAAGCAUGUUGCUCCAGUGGAGCUUUGCCCCAUCUUGAAGAUGUUACAUAAAAUACUCAUAAUAAGGGAAUCUCCCCCACAGGCCAUUCUUGAAGCAUUAAGAGAUGAGACCAUGAAUGAUCCACGUGACCGGAUCCAGAUUGCUCAAAGCCAUGUCUUUUACAGGCCCUCUCUCCUUGGUCAACAGCCUUGAAUCAUAAUCUCGUGUGAGUUUUGUAUGGCAUGUAGUUUUGACAUAUUUUCCUAGUUGUGCAAAUGUUAAAAUGUGUGUUCUUCCAAGCACGAACCCUUCCUGCAGUGUUUGAGGUAAUCGGAAGUGAUGGAGAAAUUUCCUAUAUAAAUAUACAAGCAACUAUUCUGGUUAUGGUCACUAGGACUGAGAAAUUUCUGAGACUAGUUGUAGAAUGCUACAGUGAUUUUUUUAUUUGAUAUCUCUUGAUCCGUUUUAGUGCCCUUUGGAUUAGCUUAAAAAGGGCACCUAAGUGUUGCACGAAAUAAAUAUUUGAGAAAAGUUUUGUUUCG